CUCCUCUCUCUCUCUAACACACAGAGAGGAAAUUAGAAGGAACCUCAACACCCACAAGCGAAUCGUCCAAGGAAUCAACAUCGAACUUACACACAUAUAUAUACAUACAUUUUUAUAUACAAACAAUUACCAGUGUCUUUCUCUCUCUCUACCUGUCCAUAUAUAUAUAUACACACACAUGUAUAUGUGCGUCGUGGUCUGAUUGGUGUUGUGCCCUAGAUCUUGAUCUUGAAUAGAAGCUGCGAUUUUCAGAUCUUUAAGACUUAGGGAUCUGCGUAGAGCUCCAACCAGCUCUGCUGAUUCUCAGAUAUUCCCAUCUCAAUCAAUUAAAAUAAAAUUCGUGGAUAUUAGCGUAGUGUGAGAAUUAUAUGGUGGAUGGAAUUGACAGAAGAGAAGGGCAUUGGUUGGAGAUAAAGCGGUUUGCUGUUAUGCAUUUUUACUUGAUGAAGACAGAUAAGGCAUGGCGGCUGGGAAUGGGUGACGUGCAGGUCUUGCCUGGGCCUCGCCACCGACCUCUGUCGAAGAGGCCAGUUUGGAUUAUUGUCUUGGUUUCAUUGGUCAGCCUAUUUCUACUUUGCGCUUAUAUAUAUCCUCCACAAAGUAGGAGCGGCUGCUACAUAUUUUCUUCUAGAAGUUGCAAUGUCAUUUCUGAUUGGCUUCCGCCUACUCGUGCGAGGGAAUAUACUGAUAGCGAGCUCGCAUCUCGUAUUGUGAUUAGGGAAAUUUUAAGUAUGCCUCCUGUUCAAUCCAAAAAUGCUAAAAUUGCAUUCAUGUUCUUGAGCACUGGAUCAUUACAUCUUGAGAGGCUGUGGGAUAAGUUUUUCCAUGGACAUGAGGGAAGAUUUUCUGUUUAUGUGCAUGCAUCAAAGGAAAAACCUGUGCAUUUGAGCCGUUACUUCGUUAAUCGAGAUAUACACAGUGAGCAGGUUGUCUGGGGAAAAAUUAAUAUGGUUGAUGCAGAGAGGCGACUGCUGGCAAAUGCUCUUAAAGAUCCUGACAACCAGCACUUUGUGUUACUUUCUGAUAGUUGUGUACCAUUGCGUGGUUUUGACUAUGUGUACAACUAUCUGAUCUACUCAAAUAUCAGCUUCGUCGACAGCUUUGUGGAUCCUGGUCCUCAUGGGAAUGGCAGGUACACAGAGCAUAUGCUACCUGAAGUUGAGUUGAAAGACUUUAGAAAGGGUGCCCAGUGGUUCACAAUGAAGCGGCAGCAUGCGCUGAUAGUUGUUGCUGACAGUCUUUACUACUCAAUAUUCAGGGAUUAUUGCAAGGCAGGAUUGGAUGGGAAAAAUUGCAUUGCUGAUGAACAUUACUUGCCGACUUUCUUCUCUAUGCUCGAUCCAGGUGGAAUUGCCAACUGGUCAGUGACACAUGUUGAUUGGUCCGAGAGAAAGUGGCAUCCCAAAUCAUAUAAGGCUCACGAUGUUGCUUAUGAUCUCCUGAAGAAUAUCACGUCAAUAGAUCAAAGUGUGCAUGUCACAAGUGAUGAAAAGAGAGAAAUGACAGUUAAGCCUUGCUUAUGGAAUGGCAUCCAGCGACCAUGCUACUUGUUUGCUAGGAAGUUCUACCCAGAAACGAUUGAUAAUUUGUUGCACCUUUUCUCCAAUUACACGACAAUUUGAACAGAGAUUCUUUACUCUAAAAUUCUUUGGUCGAAUCAGCUGUUUUUUUUUUACUCCAUCUCCCCUCAUCACAUCUCAUAUAGGUUGUAAAUUGAUGUAAUAUUGAAGCCCGAGUAUUCCCUAGCGCGGUUAUUUUGUUAAUGGCAAAUUAGGAGAACAGAUGGGGUCAAUUAGGGUUGCAGGUCAAGGGUUGGGGAUAAUUUGUUCUUCAUUUUUUCCCUCAAUUUUCUACCUCAUGGUCUAUUUUCAGUAGAGAACUUUAUUUGAGGGAAAUCCAUUUUGGUGCAUUGAUCCUUGUUUAAGUUGAACAUGUGAGGUUGCACAUUCUGGCACUUUGGGCCUCCCUAAUGAGAUCUAUUAGGAGUACAGAGUUCAAGAGAGGUAAAAACUUAAAUUUUCUGUU